UCACCUCCCCUCUCCAUCUAUCCAUCUCCCAACCCCCCCUUACCUUCCCCCCCCAAACCCGGCUCCCCGUUCCGGGCUCCGUCGCCACCACCAGAGCGAGGGAGGGAAGGAGGGAGGAGGAGGAAGAGGAGGAGGCAGAGGUAGCCGCCGCCACUUGGGAGCCCGCCGGGAGCACCGAGGCAGAGAGAUGGGCUCAACCAAGAAGACCUGAGGUCCUGGGAACGUCAUUUUACCCUGGCAAUUCCCCAAGACUAUAAGGUACCACUCUGUGCCAAUCUGCAUUGCUAGAGGGACUUUUCUCACUGGGAGCACCUUACACCAAUAAAAUCACAGACCACCCUGGAGAGCACAUUGAAGCUGGGCCUGGUGUAUAUCAAAGCGAACCCCAUCUUCCACCACUGGCAGCUGGAGGACCACAAGAUUGGCCUGACUUUCCAGGACCCAUCGGAGGCUGACGCUUUCCAGAGAAGCAUGCAGACUACCCUAGCAGAGCUGGUCCAAGGCUCUCUCUCUUCAUCCUCCUCCUCUCCUUCCAACACCUCCCAGGAGCCCAUGGAUGUCCUCUACACUCAGAAGACACACCGGGACAGCCAGUCUUCUUCCAGCUCCAUCCGCCAAGACGCUAGGCCCCCAGGUCCAGCUAUAGUCACUAGCGAGUCGUCUGGUUUGGGCCUGGCCAUGACCUCCAAGCAUCGGCCCUCCCCCACACAGCGCCAGAGCUCCCCGCAACUCCAGCAACUUCAGCCUUUCGCGGUCAGACCCGAGGCCCCAGGAACCAUGCCAGGCUGGGUGGGCCGAGGCUACGAAGAUUAUCGGAGAGCCGGCCCGCCCCCUGUGCCCCUGGCCGUGUCCUGCGUGGUGCGCUUCGACAAGGCUGGCAGCACACCACCCCCCGGCCAGGCCGUGAGCCCCACAGUGCCAAGGACUCCGGCGUCCCCACCCCCACCGCCCCCAACUCCGGCUCCCGCCCAGCUCCUGGCCAAGGGCUCGCCGUCUUGCCGAGUGACAGCGGGCUUCGCCGAAGAGGCGUCUGGGGCAGACGCUGCGCGCUGUGUGCACUGCCGGGCUCUGUUCCGCCGAGGCUCAGAUGGGCGCGGGGGACACUGCGCCGAGGCCCCGGACCCGGGGGGCCGCCUGGUACGCCGCCUCAGUUGCCUCUGGUGCGCCGAGAGCCUUCUUUACCACUGCCUGUCGGACGCCGAGGGCGAUUUCUCGGACCCGUGCGCCUGCGAGCCGGGCCACCCGCGUCCAGCUGCGCGCUGGGCGGCCCUGGCUGCGCUCUCCCUCGCAGUGCCCUGCCUUUGCUGCUACCCGCCCUUGCACGCCUGUCACUGGGCGGCGGUGCGCUGUGGCUGCCCCGGCUGUGGGGGCCACCACGAGGCGGCCCGGUGAGUGAGGCCUCGGGCCGCGAUGGGGCGGCCCACAGCCCGCGGUGCUCUGCCGUUCGUUCGAGCCCGGCCCGGGGAAGCCAGAGCUGGGAGCACCAGAGAGCAAAACCAGGAAGCCGGAGCCCAGACGCAGAGCUGCAGCGGCCAGA